AUCAAAAUGCUGCAGUGCCCUUUGGGUCUGCAGUAUACUACGGAGAGUAAAGACGCCGUGCUAGAGUUUCACAAGGCAGUUGUUGCUUUAGCUGAAUACAGUUCAAAUGUAUCUACUUUUCUUGACAAAGCUCUUGAAUGCGACCGUAACUUCAUCAUGCCGCAUGUAUUGAGGGGCUGUUGGAUCGUAACAGGUGGAGGUCUAUCUUUUGAUGAGAAACUAAAGGCCUGCUUAACUGCUGUGUCUGAUCCUGAUACUAAACUUACUUGGCGGGAGUCCAAACACGUUGAAGCAGUGCAGAAACGAGCUGCUGGUGAUGCCAAGGGAGCCAUUGAUACUUGGGAAGAAAUACUACUGCAUUAUCCAAUUGAUUUGCUAGCUACUCGCCUUGCAGCUGGACUAUACUUUCUAAUUGGUGAUUCAACGAAUAUCCGGGACUGUCUUUCUAGAGUGCUACCCGCAUGGAGUAGUACACCAACACCACCUGGUUAUGAAUGUGUACUUGGCUUGUAUGCCUUUGGCCUGGAAGAGUCUGGUGAUUGUAGGAAAGCUGAAGAAAUAGCUCGACAAGCACUUGAUCUUAAUCCGGAUCUUCCUUGGGCAAUUCAUGCACUUGGUCAUGUUUAUGAAGAAACUAGACCACCAGAAGAAGGAAUUGAACACAUGACGACAUGGAAACUUCAUUGGAUAGACUCAAUUUUGUCUGUUCACAUGACUUGGCAUUUGUGUUUAUUCUAUCUUGACUUUGGCGAUCUGGCUGCUGUGCUGGAAGAAUAUGAUGGAUAUAUGAAACCAAGAAUGGAUGAUAUCUUUGCACUUGUUGAUGGUUGCUCUCUUCUGUGGCGACUGGAGUGUUCUGGAUUUUCUCCCGGAGAAGAACGAUGGGCUGCUCUCACAGAGAAAUUAGUAGCUGCAACUGACAAUCAUGCCAUGGCAUGGUUUGAUUUGCACAUAAUGAUGGCCUUGUCUUGCAAAAGUGCAAAGGAUCAGGCAGCACGUUUGCUGUUGGCAAAGAACUUACUUGAUUCGAUGAGUGAAUAUGUACCUACCGGCAAGACAAUAAACCAUGUUGUUACACAAGAAGUUGGACUGCCAAUGUGUGAAGCCUUUUUGGCAUAUGGCAAUGAAGAGUAUGACAAGGCUUUGUCUCUUUUGUUGCCUGUGAGGCGCCAGACUGCAAGACUAGGAUGGAGUAUUGCCCAGAGACACGUCAUUUUUCUCACUGUUGUAAAAGCUGCUAUCAAUGCCAAGAACUAUCGGACUGCUUUGGCAUUGCUGUCAGAGCUCAAGGAGCUCAAGCCUAAGCAUAUUGCUACAGCAAGGAUGUUUUCCAUGGUCAAGGAGCAGCUUUAUCAGCAAGAGAAAAAAUAGAACAAGAUUUGGUUCAACGCUGAGCUGUCUUUAGAUCUUUAUUUAUUUGUAUGUCUUUGUUGUCAUGGUACUUGUAUACUUACUUGUUCAAUUGUUAGCAGUUUGGCUUCUUUUUAUUAUUUUAUUUGCUAAUUCAGUUGCUCUUGUA